AAACUUUUGUGAUGUGUAGCUAAAUGCAGUGGCUGGCCAAUCUUGGGCACAGUCACGGACUUUAAUAGGGUAUUUGACUUCUAGUCAAAUCAGUUUCUUUUUUUGAACUGUCAUAACGAUUUGCUACUUUGGAAAUUAUAUGAAACCCUAGCAUGUGACGUCACGAUCAAAUCUUACCUACUCUUUAUUGUUUUACAGUUGCGGUUAUUAUGGUCAGAAGGCCUGGCUGCAUGAAGCUGAUUUACAUUAUGUUAUUGCUGAAGCUCACGGAUGUAGGUGCUCGGAAUAAUACGGACCGCUCUUCUAUUGCGUCCAAACGAUAUCCAUACCUCGCCGCCAUAAUAUCUCAAAGUGUUACCAAAAAAUCAGAGGGCUGGAGAUUCACUUGUUUCGGGAGCCUUAUCGCCAUGGGGUGGAUCGUCACUGCUGCGCACUGCAACCAACCAAAUACCAGACACACCGACCGAACGCUUUUCUACCGCGACUACAUUCAAAACCGCACGAACACCAUCCCCAUCUUGAAGUGGAAGGUGCACCCCGGCUUUAUCUCCAAAAGCACCGUAACGUGGCACGACAUAGCUCUGGCCCAGGUCGACAAGGAGAUGAACAUACCUGCGCCUGUCUUCUUUACCAGUGGAGUUCAGAAGGUCCAAGCCAGCGUGUGGAAGACCAUAGUCACCAUGGACCGCCGCACAUACCUCACCACCGACAUGGAUCUCUACGACGUCGAACUAGUCGACCCAACCAACUGCUACGAACUGUACGGGUUCACCUUAGACGACACACUCCUAUGCGUCAACGUGACCCACGAGACUGACUGCUUUGUAACCGAGUUUGGACCGAUCUUCACCCCCAGAGAACGCGUGCUAGGGGUGCUGAGGCUGGCGCCGAACGAUUGUAACAACAAGUUGGCCAUUUUUACGAAUGUGACGUCGUAUUUUGAGUGGAUUUCGAAGCAGAUCGGAGCUGGAGGCUGGAUAAGAGUCGGAGAGACUAUUGUAUAAGUUGCUAUAACUUUUAUUUAUUUUGUUUUGUUUUUUUAUUCACUCAUAUUUGUACAGUUGUAUUAGUAAUAUCAUAUUUUGUUUUUCAAUUAGUCACUUAUUUUUUAUUUAUUUAAAGAAUAUCAAAGUACCUACAAGUCCUACAACAUAACAGUCAGUUUCUUUGAAUUUUUCAAAGGUUAACUGGAUGAUAUCUCUUAGGGUGCCCGCUAGCGUGGGCGGGAGCACGGACCAGGCGCACGCACGCGGACUUUAAUUAUAUUUAUAUGUACUCAUACUUACAUGAUUACACUCGUGAGUCGUGAGCCAAAUAAAACAAGU